AUCGCAUAUCUUUAGGGUUGAGGAUUAGGGUUUUUUGCACUCAGAGUCGUCUUCGUGCUCUGCUUCAGAGGCUACCCUAGAAACCUCAUCUCCAUUGACAAUGGCGGUCGGGAAGAACAAGAGGAUAUCGAAAGGAAAGAAGGGAGGAAAGAAGAAGGCAGUCGACCCCUUCGCCAAGAAGGAUUGGUAUGACAUCAAGGCACCUUCGAUCUUCACUACCAGAAAUGUUGGGAAGACCCUCGUUACUAGAACUCAGGGAACCAAGAUUGCUUCUGAAGGACUCAAACACCGAGUGUUUGAGAUUUCCCUUGCUGAUCUGCAGGCUGAUGAUGACCAGUCCUACAGGAAGAUCCGGCUGAGGGCUGAGGAUGUCCAAGGAAGGAAUGUGCUUACUAACUUUUGGGGGAUGAAUUUCACCACAGAUAAGUUGAGGUCUUUGGUGCGAAAGUGGCAGACAUUGAUCGAGGCCCAUGUGGAUGUCAAGACAACAGACAACUACACCCUAAGGAUGUUCUGCAUUGGAUUCACCAAGAGACGUCCUAACCAGGUCAAACGGACCUGUUACGCACAAUCCAGCCAGAUUCGACAGAUCCGCCGUAAGAUGAGAGAAAUCAUGGUAAACCAGGCAACUUCUUGCGAUCUUAAGGAAUUAGUGCAGAAAUUCAUACCCGAGGUGAUUGGAAAGGAGAUUGAAAAGGCCACCUCAAGCAUUUAUCCCCUACAAAAUGUCUUCAUUCGUAAAGUCAAGAUCUUGAAGGCUCCCAAAUUUGAUCUUGGCAAGUUGAUGGAGGUUCAUGGUGACUAUUCGGAAGAUGUUGGUGUGAAAAUGGAGAGGCCAGCAGACGACCAGAUUGCAGAAGGGGAGACUGAGGUCGUUGGAGCAUAAAUGGAGGGUUUUUACAAUAUGUUUUCUUUUUAAGAUUUCUUCAAUWCCCAAUGUCUUUCAGAUCCCUUCUCUUAAAGAGAUGUUAAUUAGAGACUUUUCCUAUUUAGAAUUUUUGAGUAGAUUGUGAGAAGUAAUGCGGUUUUGACUUGAGAAUGUGUACCUUAAAUCUCAUAGAGAUGUUUAUUUUAAAUGCUUCCGAUUUUUUUUUUUUUAAUUUUCUUUGUUUUUCCAUAGUUGAACAAAAAGUCGAGGGCCUCGACUUAAUGAAAUGUUUUAUCAUUUGAUUUUUAAAGUA